AUGCUGAUCGCUGAGGGACGACCGUCAUCAUCCGGCCUUCGCUGGGCCUGGCGGGAUUCUCCCCGACGCAGUGGUUAUGCUAAUCGCCAUCUACCUCUCGGGCCGUUGGUCGAAGCAUGGGCUUAUACGCGGAAUUUAUGGAGCCACGCUGCUCUCCCCACUCAGACCGGUGGAUUUCAUUUUCUGCUGCGCCUAACUGACUGGUAA